AUGAGCUUCAGCCGUCUCUGCCGCCUGCUGAAGCCGGCGCUGCUGUGUGGAUCUAUAGCCGUGCCAGGCUUAGCCAGCACCAUGUGUGCGUCCCGCGAUGACUGGCGUUGCGCCCGUUCCAUGCAUGAAUUCUCGGCCAAGGACAUCGACGGGCGCAUGGUGAGCCUGGACAAGUACCGGGGCUUCGUGUGCAUCGUUACCAACGUGGCCUCGCAAUGAGGCAAAACAGACGUAAACUAUACUCAGCUAGUCGACCUGCACGCCCGAUAUGCUGAGUGCGGUUUACGCAUCCUGGCUUUCCCCUGCAACCAGUUUGGGAAGCAGGAACCUGGGAGCAAUGCCGAGAUUAAAGAGUUCGCUGCCGGCUAUAACGUCAAAUUCGAUAUGUAUAGCAAGGUCUGUGUGAAUGGUGACGACGCCCACCCGCUGUGGAAGUGGAUGAAAGUCCAGCCUAAGGGGCGGGGCAUCUUGGGGAAUGCCAUCAAAUGGAAUUUCACCAAGUUCCUCAUCGACAAGAACGGCUGUGUGGUGAAGCGGUACGGUCCCAUGGAGGAACCCCUGGUGAUCGAGAAGGACCUGCCCAGCUACCUCUAG